AUGGAGAAUAAGAAGAGUAGAGGACGCCAAAAGAUACCAAUGAAAAAAAUAGAAAAACAAGAUGACCUAUAUGCUAGCUUUUCAAAGCGUCGUCUAAGUUUACACAAAAAAGCUAGCGAUCUCGUUUUUGAAUGCGAUGUCGACAUUGGAAUGAUAUAUUUUUCUCCUAAAGGUAAUCCUUUCUCAUUUUUUCAUCCAAAUGUUGAUGCUGUUGUUUCUCGUUUUCAGAAUUUCGAUAUGGAAUUCAGUGAAAGUGCUCUUCUGAUCACGGCUGGUAACCGAGAUAAAGUGAAUGAACUCAAAAACAGGCUUGAUGAACUUGAUAUCAUAGAAGACAUUGCAAUUACUAAGAAAAAAUCAUAUGAUGACGUGAUUGAAGCUAGAAAGAGAGGUUGGUGGGAGUCGAUUGAGCAACUUAAUGCAUAUGAAGUAACCAAGUUUGAAGCUUGGAUGGAUACUACUAAUUUUAACAUGCAGAAUCGCUUGAAUGAAUUGAAAAAUGGAGCUUCGUCCUCAUAA